AUGUCUAAUGAUCCCAAUUCAAACGUUGGCAACUUUAAGAUUAUCGAAUCUACCUUAAGAGAGGGUGAACAAUUUGCUAAUGCCUUCUUCACUACUGAAAAGAAGAUUGAAAUCGCAAAGGCUUUGGACGAAGUAGGUGUUGACUACCUCGAAUUGACUUCCCCCGCUGCCUCGGAACAAUCCCGUAAUGACUGUAAAGUGAUUUCUAGCUUGGGUUUGAAGGCCAAGAUCUUGACUCACGUUCGUUGCCAUAUGGAUGACGCUAAACUAGCGAUCGACACAGGUGUGGACGGACUCGAUGUCGUCAUUGGUACUUCUAGUUUCCUCCGUGAAUUUUCUCAUGGCAAAGACAUGGAAUAUAUUACCAAGCAAGCUGUCGAAGUGAUCAGUUACAUCAAGAGCAAGGGUCUCGAAGUUCGUUUUUCCACAGAAGACUCUUUCCGCUCUGAUCUCGUUGAUUUACUCAGUAUUUACAAGGCUGUGGACAAGAUUGGUGUCAACCGUGUGGGUAUUGCCGAUACUGUGGGUUGUGCUAACCCUCGUCAAGUGUACGAAUUGGUCAAGACGUUGAGAAGUGUUGUCAGUUGUGAUAUCGAAUGUCACUUCCAUAACGAUACCGGUUGCGCUAUUGCCAAUGCUUAUGCUGCUCUUGAAGCAGGUGCUACUCACAUCGAUACAUCUGUCCUUGGUAUUGGUGAACGUAAUGGUAUCACUCCCUUGGGUGGCCUCUUGGCCAGAAUGUACGUCGGUGACAAGGAUUAUGUAAUGAAGAAGUAUGACUUGACCAAGAUUCGUGAGGUUGAAAAUAUCGUUGCUGAUGCUGUCGAAGUCACUGUCCCAUUCAAUAACUACAUCACCGGUUACUGUGCCUUCACUCACAAGGCUGGUAUUCAUGCCAAGGCUAUUCUCAAUAACCCAUCCACUUACGAAAUCCUAAACCCUCAUGACUUUGGUAUGACUCGUUAUGUUUCUAUUGGUCACCGUUUGACUGGCUGGAACGCAGUCAAGAACCGUGUGGAGCAAUUGGAUUUGAACCUUACUGAUGAUGACGCCAAGGCAGUGACGGCCAAGAUCAAGGAAUUGGCUGAUGUUCGUCCUCUAUCACUAGAUGAUGUCGAUGUCUUGCUUCGUUCCUAUCAUCAAGCUAAGGAAGAUGGUAAUCAUACUCACUUUUUAAACAAGAUUGAAAAACCAGAACACAUAGCUUCUUUCUCAUCAGAGGCUGCUAUUGCAUAA